CCUUACCUACCUACCGGCCGUCCUCGUAUACUCUCCUUCACAAUAUCGACUCUCGUUACUCUCCACCUCCUCUGACUCGCACGGACACUUUCCCCUCUCCCUCCCACUCUCCCUAUAACUCGCCCGCCCUCGUUUUAUUUACACCAUUCGGCCUCACCAAAGCCCAUCCACUCGUUUGAUUGUGUGUGUGUGUCUCUGUGUGCGAUUUGUUCAUUGUUGUGGUUAAUCGGCCCCACUGUGACAUCUUUUGUUUUUGCCAGCAAGACCUACUGGUUACAGUGGCCACUCCUGGUAAUACUAUUACUUUUCCCCCCGCCGGCCCCCCCAAACAAAGGACCGAGACUCGUGACCAAACCUCGCCGAUUGUUGUGUGUUUCAACCAACAUUGACCGGCCCUUGUUUUCCCCUCUGCACCACCACCAUCGCUGGGCGGACCAAAGAAACGAGCAUCACGCCGGCCUGUGCAAACAAGCGACAUUGUCCCAUCAGUUUACAGCUAGCUACCUUGGGCAAGAGGACUGCGCCAGCACGAGCAGCAACGCAAGAGUGCGAUAAUCCACCUUCUCGAGCGUACGCCCUUUGACACUGGUCGACCUAGGCUCCCCCUCGUCUCGACCUCGCCUCUCUCGCUCCCCUUCCCCUCCCCCUCUCCGCUCCAUCUUCUCCCACUCUGCGCAGACCCUCGUGGCCGCCGCAGAGCCCAAUUCACUCACCGUCAACCCAUCAUUGAGAUUGAGUGAAUGGCUCUCACUCUUUCCCCCUACGCACCACGCUUUACGCAGAGUUCGCUCAGCGGGUCUAUCGCUCCGGACUCGCCCUUGCGUAACAACCCCAUGAUGUCCCGCACCGUCUCCAUCAACAUGGACGGUCUCGGGGACUACAACGAUACAACCGAACACUUUGACUCGCUCGACACCUCGGACAUGGUCGCCGACUUUGGCGCCGGCAUGGGCGUCGACAUGAACUUUGGUCACGCGGAUGACGAGAAGGUGGUCGACUCGGAGUUAUCAAAGUCGAGCGCAAUGUUAACACCAACGUCAACGCAAAUGCAGCUCGAUGCCACGCAGAUGCAGUUAAACCAGGCGCAGGCGGCACUCGGACGGUCUCAUCACCCAAGGAGUGUCGACGACAUGUUCCACAGCGAGACUGGACUCGAGGGCGGAAGUGAUGACGAGGACGAAUCUCCCGUGCCACCAAAAAGGCGGCGAGAGACACAAGACGUCCCAGGAGGCUUUACGUAUGUCGACAAGGAGAGUGGCGAGUCGGGUCGCCGCAAGAUCAGGAUCGAGUACAUUACCGACAAGUCUCGUCGGCACAUCACCUUCAGCAAGCGCAAGGCUGGAAUCAUGAAGAAGUCGUUCCCACAGGCGUACGAGCUGUCGAUCCUCACUGGUACCCAGGUGCUGCUUUUAGUGGUCUCGGAGACUGGGCUGGUCUACACCUUUACGACGACCAAGCUGCAGCCGCUCGUCACCAAGGCCGAGGGCAAGAACCUUAUCCAGGCCUGCCUCAACGCUCCGGACGGCUUAGGCCCUGAUGGACAGCCCUCUGGAGGCCCGAUUGCUCCCACCAAGGGCAAGAACGGUGGUCUGUCGAUCAGGCCCCACAAGUUGACGGCGGAAGCAUCAAAGGCCAUGCUGGCAACAGCAGCCCAGGUCGCUGGUGCUACACCGGACGAGGCGGCAGCGCACGCGACGGCGCAGCAGGAGGCCGUGGCGCAGCUUGGCAACGGUACCCCCGUGUCUUCACGGCCCAAGAAGCGCUUGCCAUCCAAGAAGCGGACAGCUUCUCAGCACUCGAUCCCAGACGUCCCAUCGGCACCCGAACUGAUCCCACCGGUCCCUCCGAUCCCCGACAUGCACCGCCAGCACUCGCCCUCGACCCAUCUGUUACCGCACCAGCACGCCCCGCCACCACAGCCCCCGCCCAACCCACUGCAGUCGCCCCUCAGCGCUGGCUACCACAUGCCCCAAGAAUACCAGCACCACGCGCACCCAGGCCAUGGUGUUCCUUCUCCGACUUACGCAUACCCACCUACACCAGCCGGCGGCGACUAUGCGGCCGUGCAGGGAUACUACCCCCACGCUCCGCCAGGGCAUCAAGGCUUUGUGGUCCACCCUGGCAUGUACCAGUCUGUUCCUCAACCUCAGCAGCAACAGCAUGGGCAACAGGACCGGCGGAUGAUGCCCGGUGGCGACGGCGGCAUGCGCAUGGGCAUGUAAGAUCGCCACCCUCGCCCCUCUCCUCUCCACUCAUCCUCUUUGCGUCGCCAUCCGCGUGACCCCUCGACGGCACCUUGGUAGGGCCUUGGUCAAGCAACCCGCCAAUCGAUCCCGGCCGUCCUUGGGUCACGUCGCGUAACCCGCAUCCUCCCUCCUUCCGCGCCACCUCCCGAACCCCCCGGCGGCACGCGCAUAAGUGAUCUUUCUUCGGCAAUGGCCACCCUUUUUACUUCACUUCGACUCCCUUACCUCCUAGUUUAACUUGCGCGCUCCCGUUUCGCCGCCGUCCGCUUUAUAUCGUCUUCGCUCUAUUCCCCAUUGAUUCCCCCGGACACCAAGUGUUAAAGUGAUAGUGAUAGCCAGUAGUCCUUAUCCCCACCGCGCCCUCGCCAGACCCCGUUGGUCUCGAACACCUGGUAGACCAGAUCCUCCAACCCCGGACAGCUGUGCAAUCCCGUGUUCGUUUGGCGAUAGCGCCAGUGCAUGUAGUGAAUACCCAAGGUGCAACAGGUGCAACAAGCAAAAGACUGACUGGACACUCAAAUGUUAC